AUGCUAGCCUCCGUUGAAGAACUUGGCAUACCAAAACAACCAAGGAAUCAACACUCUUUGCGAUCAGAGUCAUCAAAUUCCCUUGCCAGCACUAGAGCAAUUCUUGGGCAACCUCGAAUUCAAAGGACCAAACCAAUUAUAUGGUGUGCUGCAAUACUGUGCUUAAUAUUCAGCCUAGUACUUAUCUUCUUUGGGAUUGCAACACUGAUUCUCUACCUGGCCAUGAAACCACGAAAUCCCACGUUUGACAUUCCCAAUGCAAGCCUAAAUGUAGUGUACUUUGACUCACCACAGUACCUCAAUGGUGAGUUCACUCUCCUUGCAAAUUUUUCCAAUCCUAACAGGAGAAUUGGGGUGAGGUUUGAGUCCUUGAACAUUGAGCUUUUCUACUCAGACAGACUCGUAUCAUCACAAACAGUCAAGCCUUUUACUCAAAGGCCAAGGGAAACCAGGUUGCAGUCAGUGAACUUGAUAUCCAGCUUAGUGUUUUUGCCUCAAGAUGUUGGUGUAAAACUUCAAAGGCAAGUGGAAAAUAACAGGAUCAAUUACAAUGCAAGGGGAACAUUUAAGGUGAGGUUCAAUAUUGGCCUUAUCCAUUUAUCUUAUUGGCUGCAUACCAUAUGCCAGAUAGAGAUGACUAGUCCUCCAACUGGUAUUCUAGUGGCCAGACAAUGCAUAACAAACCGAUGA